GAAGCGCCUAUGAUCUUAUCAGAGAUGGCGAUCUGCCGCUAGCCUUUACCUACUGGAGUCAACAUCCCUUGUCGACAUGACUGAAUCCACUAUUGACGACAUUCUCAGGGAUGUUCCGCGGUUCCGCAUAUUAUGCGUUGGUCGCGUUAGUCCCUGUCAUCGUGCGCUCCUUUGUGGGACUUGCUGAUGACGAUCUACUGCAGUCAGGCGUUGGGAAAUCCUCGUUGAUAAACCGUGUGUUUGGAAUAACGGAGGCAAAAGUGUCUACGUAUACACCUGGAGAAGCCGAUAUCGACAAAGAAUUCGUUUCCGAUCAAAAUCAAUACUUCGUUUUGCAUGAUUCGAAAGGAUUCGAACCGGGCGAUAACAUCAAUUUCGAUCUCGUGGCUCGCUUCCUCAAAGAGAGGCGGAGAAAGGAGUUUCUGAAAGACAGGCUCCAUGCAAUUUGGCUUUGCACUGAGACGCCACGAGCAGGUGGCCGAGUAUUUGAGGAAGGUGACAAGAAAUUUCUGGUUCUCGCUCAUCAACUGGAAGUUCCCGUGGUCAUUGUUUUUACAAAGUACGAUAAGCUAGUUCGGUCGAAGGAAAUACAAGCGGGAAAUGAGAACCAGGGUAUGGACAAAGAUACCCUACGUAAAACCAGCGCGGAGAAUGCCAGCGACGCCUUUCAUACCUGCAAGCACUCCGUCGAAAAAACGAUGAAUUUGCUCAAGAUUCCCACACCUCCGUGUAUCAACAUUUCCGUCCGCAAACCUGAGGACUACGGCGAAACCAUUGAAGUCCUGGUCAGGACCACUCGUCAAAUUGUACAGGAGCGCCUCGAAGGUGAUGCAUGGGUUACGUGGGCGAUUGCCCAGCGGGCCAGUCUGCCAGAGAAAAUCAAUACGUGCAUCGAUAAGGGGGUCAGUUUUUACUACCACGCUCUUUCCGGCAGCAUUCCGGGUGUGGGGCGCAUGUUGCUGUGGCAAUGCCUUGCUAAAGUUCAUCACGAUAUCGUUACUUGUUGGAACUUCAAGGACGAGCAUAAGAUUCUCGGCAGCACAGAGUUUCAGCAGCUCAUAUUGCAUCUCGUACAAGAUCUUGAUGCUCCGUCCCAGGCCACCCCCGCACCAUCUCUCGAUGGGAUCGGACACCUGGUGAACUUGAUCACUGCAACGGGCAGCAUUGUCCCUAUCGCGCCGCCAGUUGCCAUUCUUGGAUUGACCUAUUUUUUCGUGAAGUGGUUUUCGGACGCCAUCAUCGAUCAUGUACCUGACGUCGAGCGUUUGCUCAUGGCAUACACCAUUGACCUCAUCUCAGUAUUGAGAUCACUAUUCGAUUUUACGUUGAAACCCGAUCUGGUCGGGACCACAAACUGGAAGAUUUUAAUCGAGGCAUUCGAGGCCUUUCAAUACUCGGAGAGGCGCAAAGCCAUCCAUGACUCCUGUGUAGAGGCGUACAAUGGCAGGCCCCAGAUCUUGACCCGGGAAGCUUUCCGCCAGACGGUCAAGAACCUGCUGGAUGAAUAGUGAACGGUCGAUGAGUGUAAGAGACUGAGUUCCACAUGUACUCUAGGUUGGAAUGUACUUGAGGGAUCGUUUUCGCUCCAUGUAAACAAUCGAGCUCCGGAUGAGAGAGAACGUGCGAAAAGUCCUCCGUAGCACCAUAAUCUACUGUCCUUUAAACGGAGGAGUAUACCUAGGCGCCGGUCCAACGUUCAAAUUGACAUUCUAC